AUGUUUAUCGGCCAUUUCAAUUCACAGUACAAAUCCAACACUCCAUUUCUGCCAUUACUUCCAACAUCUGAAGUCACGAAUGUUUAUGAAGAGAUUCUACUUCGACUUGAGGUGUUGAUCCACUGAACUGUCAAUACUUGUUGACGUUAUCAUGUUUCUGGCGGUUGAAACUUCAACACUAAAGGGGAAAUUUCCUUGUAAGUUGACAAGGCGGCUAACACCGGUGCGGCAUUGAAAUUGCUUAUAUACACAGUGUUAUUUUGAAAAGUGGUGUUUAGAUCAGAGGUCUUUCCAUCGACAUGAUGCAACUUCAGGUGUGACUUCAACAGCAUCGUUCUCCAGUUGUCCAUGUAUGCUCUAACCGCAGCUUGUCAUGUGGAAAGACUUGCAAAAGGUUCUAACCCCUAAAUAUUUAGUGACAAUUCCCAAUUUAUUGAUAUUCUCAUGUGCUGUGCCUUUGACGAGAACUGUGUUUUUCAAUCCUUUUUCGCGGUGAUGUCUCGUUUGUAGUCGAAGGAUUUGAUAGUUUUACUGUUCCUUCUAGUUGCUUGUCACGAUGGUGAUGCAAAACUUCGUUUUGUCGAUGAUGAUGGUGGUGGUGGUGGCGGUGAUGGUGUUCUUUCUGAUGAUGGUUUUCUCUGAGGAGAUGCUCCAGAGCUCGAUUGACAGCACUGGAUCCUUCCAGGAAGGGGAGGUUUGCGGCGCUGUGAGUGUGUUUGUAACGAUGAUGAUUCCUUGGAGGGUUCUGACUCGUGCUUAAGCCAUGGUCGAGCAAGCGUUUGGACUGCGGCGAGAAGCUAUUGGCCUGCGAUGUCGCCUCUGUUUUGUCUUUCUGCUGUUGAACGCUGCAAGUGGCCGGGCAACACGCAGUCGGAUCCUCCAGCACUGCUUCCAUUCUGCUCUGCUUGUUGAUCCGCUCCUGGCGAGAAAUGAUAUUUUGUAACUCCUUCAUGCGCUUGAUGCGUUGCUGAAUCUGAUCCCUGAGCUUCGUAUUGGACAAUUGCUCUUGCCCUUCUGCUCGCAUUACCUUCAAGACUGUUUCCCUUUCCACCACUUCGUUUGCGAGAACAUCUAACCACCUCUUCGCCUUCUGCACCCCUCCUCGCACUUUCUUUCUGAUGAGCUGCUCUUCUUCAGUGCCCGCCUCGUCAUCCCUUCGUCGAUUUGGCUCCGGUGUCCCGACGCCUCGGUUGCUCCACUCCAUUAUCCUUUGCAACCUGGAUUUCUCGCUCUCACCGGCGAUGCCCAUCGGCAAACUACUCCCAAAAGCCGCAAACUCAACGGCGCGAAGCGAUUGGCUCCGCGCCAACAAUCACUCCAAGAGAUCAAUCUUCUCCAUGGAUCCUUCUACGCUUAACCGUCGACUAUUCUUUUUGAUAGAGUUUACUUCCAGCGAAUAUGUUCAGAAUCCAUGGCAGUGAGAACAGCGUCGUGUUGUGUGGUUCUUCCAUGAGGCGGAAUGCGACGCAGCGUCGACUCGAUUCUGGCGUAGCAGACAACAGUCCCAUUCAUAUCUCGCAUCAAUUUUACAAACGCUGUAAAUUGCAAGAAUAGAAGUGAAGUGGGAUAAACCAUAUCAUCAGGCUUAUGCUAAUUAUGCCAAAGCAUUUAAAAAUUAAAAUUAUAGACAUAUAACAUAUACUUUCUAUGAACUGCAAGAACCCAUAAACAGUAAUUUAGAGUUAAAGAUGAUACCUAUCCAAGGCUGCAGAACAGGUGGCGCUCACGGGUUGGAGACGACAUACAUCCUUUCACACCGGAAAUUAGGGUUUGAGAUUUUGUUGACUCGCUGUCGCACAGCCUCUAUCCGCAAAUGAUGAGCACCGAACUGCAUUCUAUCUUGAGACUCGCUGUCAAGGAAUUGUUGUAUGGUUACGAAAAACCUCGCAGUGGGUCGGGAGAGAGAGCAUGAGAUUCUCAGCCCAGCCAAGCUUCCUUGUCAUCUUUCUGGAUCCUCUCGCUUUUCUCUUCUCAUCUCUAACUUGAAACUAUUUGUCGUAGCAUUUCGGAAAUUAGCACCGGAGCAGCAUGAUGUCGUCAUUAUAGCAGGAUUUGAACGAGUGUCGUGAUUUCAAGCCAUCAUGCGCGAGUGCACCCUGCAUUGUGUAGUUUUGCAGAAUUUGUGACGGUUGAGGUUUAUGGGAGGAGGCUGUGUUAGAGGUCUCGGUCUCGGUUACGGUUUCUGAGCGUCACAGUCGAUGAUUGCCGAAUUUGGAACCUGGCAUUGGUACUUUGUGACUCCUGACUGUGGGCGCGAAUUAUUCUGCGACCAAUUUUUCGAGGAACCUGCUCCUUGAAGCGAUUCAUUCAGGAUACCCGGUGCAUUGGAAGGAUUUGCGACUACUGGGGGUGUUUUUUCAGGUGGUUGAAGGCAUUCGGAGGGUUUCUCGAAGUAGUUACUACACAGUAGCUGAUGUUAGCCCUCAGAGGUUGAUUUUGAAUAAGGUGAAUUCAAUUUGGUUGGAAGAUUGAUAGCCAUGGCUGGUUUGCCGGUGGCUUCUUCACUGGUUGCUCCCCACAUAGACUGCAGUAGCACUGCCUCCCUAUCAUCUAAAGAUGUGAAGUGCACCGGACUGGCCUGGGCUGCAAUGGAGCCCUGUGCUGGGUCCCUGCUGCCAGUUCGCUCAUCAGCAGCUUCUCCUGGUAUACGGACUCCAGUAGGUUUGGGCAGGACAGCGGGCCUGAAUGAUAUAAUUUUUAGGAGGUCUAACUACGGGAGGAAUGAGGAGAAGAGCGGACGAGUUACUGAAAUCGUGCAGCAGUUCACUCCAUCACCGUCAAGUUUACCGGAGGGAAAUCCUAAACCCUGCCAAAACCCACUUAGGUCGUGGGGGUCGAGGGCUGCCUUCACCAUUGUUCAAGCGACGUCCUCAUCUGAUUAUCUGGAGGACGACAGCCAAUUGAACUCGGUUAAAGAUUAUAAUUCUGCUCUCUUGAAUUGCGUAAAAGACGGUCGCAUGAGAGACGCAAUGACUAUUUUUAAACGCUUCGAAGGGGCUGGCUUGAAACCUGACGUAGUUUCAUACACAGCUCUUAUCCAAGGCUUUGGAAAACUCAAAUCUUACAAUAAGGUCACGGACGUAUUCAGCCGAAUGCAACGCAACAGGUGUCCACCCGAUCUCAAGUUAUGUACAGUUUUGAUAAGCACAUAUGGUAACGGAGGACUACCAGUUCUUGCAGAGAGCGCGAUGCAAUAUGCUCAAGCUCAAGGCUUGCAGCCUGACGCUAUAGCCUACACAGCUCUAGUCCAUGCAUAUGCACAAGAAGGUUUGUGGGAAGAAGCGGAGAAGACCUUGAGUGAUAUGCUCGAUGUUGGAAUAGUGGAUGACCGACCUUACGCAGCUCUUGUUGCAGCAUAUGGGAAGGCUGGCCUUACUGACAAUGUCAACAAGAUCUUAGAAACGAUGAAGGCUUCAGGAGUGGAAGCAAGCACAACACUCUAUAAUACUCUUAUUAACAUUCAUAGUAAGGCUGAAGCUCCAGAGAAAGCUCGUGCAGUGUUGCAGCUUAUGCAGGCUGAUGGUUGCCAAUGUGAUGAGAUCACUUAUACAUCUGUCAUGGAGGCCUAUUCACGCAACAAGCAGCCUUUAAUGGCAGAGAGUAUGAUGGGGGAAAUGAAACGGGCUGGUAUCCAACCAGGUCCUGUGAGUUAUGGAGUUCUUAUUAGUGCUUAUUGUCGAGCUGGCCGCCUAGGAGACGCAGAAAGGAUAUUACGAGGUUGUUUCACUGCAGGGCUAUGCAAAAUGCCAAGUGCAAACCGACGGUGGAGAUCUACAAUAUGAUGAUAAGCGGUUAUGCUUCUGCCAAGAUGCGUAGUCAGGCCGAAAGAAUGUUUCAAACGAUGCAAGACUGUGGACUGCGGCCUGACGCGGUCACGUUCAACACCCUCAUUUCCAUGUACAUCAAAAGUAGGAAACGA